CUGGACCCAGGACGCAGUUGGGCCUCAGCAGUGCACAGGGCCGGUUCUACCCUCAUGGAGCUGAGCUUCGCGGGGCGCCGGGCGCUCGUCACUGGGGCGGGCAAAGGCAUCGGGCGCAGCACUGUACAGGCGCUGCAUGCGGCGGGUGCACAAGUGGUAGCUGUGAGCCGGACCCAGGCCGACCUGGACAGCCUGGUCCGCGAGUGCCCUGGGGUAGAGCCCGUGUGUGUGGACCUGGGUGACUGGGAGGCCACGGAGCGAGCGCUGGGCGGCGUGGGCCCUGUGGACCUGCUGGUGAAUAAUGCCGCCGUGGCCCUGCUGCAGCCCUUCCUGGAGGUCACCAAGGAGGCGUGUGACACGUCUUUCGACGUGAACCUUCGGGCUGUCAUCCAGGUGUCCCAGAUCGUGGCCCGAGGCUUAAUAGCUCGGCGAGCCCCAGGGUCCAUCGUGAAUGUCUCUAGCCAGGCCUCCCAGCGUGCACUGACUAACCACAGCGUCUACUGCUCCACCAAGGGUGCCUUGGACAUGCUGACCAAGGUGAUGGCUCUGGAGCUUGGGCCACACCAGAUCCGUGUGAAUGCCCUCAACCCCACAGUGGUGAUGACACCCAUGGGCCAAGCCAACUGGAGUGACCCCCAGAAGGCCAAGACCAUGCUGGAUCGGAUCCCGCUUGGCAAGUUUGCCGAGGUGGAGAACGUGGUAGACACCAUCCUCUUCCUGCUGAGUGACCGCAGCAGCAUGACCACGGGCUCCACUGUGCCGGUGGAUGGAGGCUUCCUGGCUACCUGAGCCCCUCCACCCACACACACUCGUGUUCCAUGCUGAGCCCACUUUUACCCCCAGCCCCCUUCCCCAUCCCUCCAAUAAACAUGAUUCGUCUGCCCA